UUUAUGCAGGGAAAGGAAGAUAGAAGACCUGGGAAGGAUGACAGCAUUGUCGCAGGAGGAAAUUCUUCAAGGCACUCGAACAGUCGUUCAAGGACUUGAAGCAUUAAAAUUGGAGCAUGAGACUAUAAAGGGCACACUUGUAAAUAGCAUACAAGGUCUCAGUCCAGAUGAGUCAUCGUUGAUUGAGGAGAAAACUCUUAUUCUAGAGAAGAAUCUAGAUAUGCUUCGCUUAGGGAUUGAAGAGGCGCAGGUAAUGAUGGCAUUAGCUAGUCAUCUGCAAACUGUAGAGGCUGAAAAGCAGAAACUGAAAGCUCAGGUUAGACGUUUAUGCCAGGAAAACGCAUGGUUAAGAGAUGAGUUGAAUUCAACUCAGCAGAAGUUGCAAAGUAGUGAACAGCAAGUGGCUCAACUCGAGGAGGAGAAGAAGCAUUUGGAAUAUAUGAAUUCUAUAAAGAAAUACGAUAUUGAUCAACAGGAAAGUGAUAAAGGGUCUGACCAACAUGAUCUACGCGGCAAUGAGAGCACACUGCAAGAACUUGGUUUUGGUCCGGAGGAGGAUGAAGAAAUGUCCGGUAAUGUCCAAGGCCAGUUUAAUCCUACUCCCGCCCACUCCAUGGCGGCUAGUGCAUCAGCAGGAUAUGAAAUACCUGCUCGGUUACGAACUUUGCAUAAUUUGGUUAUACAGUACGCAGCUCAAGGCAGGUAUGAAGUUGCCGUUCCACUUUGCAAGCAAGCUUUGGAAGAUUUAGAAAAUACAAGUGGUCAUGAACAUGCAGAUGUAGCCACAAUGUUGAAUAUUCUCGCCUUGGUUUACAGAGAUCAAAACAAGUAUAAGGAAGCUGCGAAUUUGUUGAAUCAGGCCCUACAGAUUCGAGAAAAAUGUCUUGGUGAAAACCAUCCUGCUGUAGCUGCUACGUUGAACAAUCUUGCUGUUCUCUAUGGGAAGCGUGGAAAAUACAAAGAUGCAGAACCAUUAUGCAAACGCGCACUAGAAAUACGUGAAAAAGUGUUGGGAGUCGACCAUCCUGAUGUUGCAAAACAGCUAAAUAACCUCGCUUUAUUGUGCCAAAAUCAGGGGAAGUAUGACGAAGUAGAGCGAUACUAUAGGCGAGCUUUGGAAAUUUAUGAAACAAAACUUGGACCUGAUGAUCCGAAUGUUGCUAAAACUAAAAACAACUUAUCAUCUGCAUAUCUUAAACAAGGGAAAUAUAAGGAGGCGGAAAUCUUAUACAAGCAGAUAUUGACACGAGCUCACGAACGUGAAUUUGGCAAGAUAGGAGAGGACAACAAACCAAUAUGGCAAAUAGCUGAAGAUCGUGAAGAAAUUAAGCAGAAACGAGGUGAUGCAGGGACAUAUCAAGAAUAUGGUGGUUGGCAUAAGGCAGCCAAAGUGGAUAGUCCCACAGUUACAACGACUUUGAAAAACCUUGGUGCUUUAUAUCGACGACAAGGCAAGUAUGAAGCAGCGGACACUUUGGAGGAUGCAGCUCUUCGUGCUAAGAAACAGAUGUAGUG